AUGUACGUGGUUCCUCCGCCUAAGAGGCCCGAUCCGCUAUCCGGAUCCACAGAUGGGUUUGAUGCCCUUCGGAUUUACCAGACUUGGAAAGGAAGCAAUAAAUUUUUUCUUCAUGGAAGGUUUAUAUUUGGGCCAGAUGCGAGGUCAUUGUGGCUCACCAUGUUCCUGAUUGUGGCUCCUGUCAUUGUUUUUUGUAUCUUUGUUGCAAGAAAGCUGAUGAAUGAUUUUUCACACCACUGGGGAGCAUCAAUUAUAAUUGUCGCCAUUGUUUUCACAUUUUAUGAUUUAAUUCUUCUCCUACUAACUUCUGGAAGAGAUCCAGGUAUAAUUCCUCGUAAUGCUCAUCCGCCAGAACCUGAAGGUUACAAUGGAAGUGCAGAAGGAGCACAAACCCCACAGUUACGCUUGCCUCGCAUCAAGGAAGUUGAGGUCAAUGGCUUUACUGUGAAGAUUAAGUACUGCGACACCUGCAUGCUUUAUCGACCUCCCCGCUGCUCUCACUGUUCAAUUUGUAAUAACUGUGUUGAACGAUUUGAUCAUCACUGCCCUUGGGUGGGGCAGUGCAUUGGACUGAGGAACUACCGUUUCUUCUUCAUGUUUGUCUUCUCGACGACUCUUCUUUGUAUAUAUGUUUUCAGUUUCUGCUGGAUUUACAUAAAAAGGAUUAUGGAUACUGACGACUUAUCGAUAUGGAAAGCAAUGGUCAAGACCCCUGCUUCUAUUGUUCUAAUUGUCGACACCUUUAUAUCAGUUUGGUUUGUUGGUGGUCUUACUGCAUUCCAUCUGUAUCUCAUCAGUACAGAUCAGACUACUUACGAGAAUUUUAGAAAUCGAUAUGAUCUGCGUGCCAAUCCCUAUAACAAAGGAGUUGUGCAGAACUUCAAGGAAAUAUUUUGCAGCCCUGUCCAUCCAUCUAAGAACAAUUUUAGGGCAAAGGUACCAAGGGAACCUGCUUUGCCGGCUCGAUCUGUGGGUGGGGGUUUUGUUGGUCCAAAUAUGGGUAAAGCGGUAGUGGACAUUGAGAUGGGAAGGAAGGCAGUGUGGGGAGAUGUUGGUGCUUUCUUGGAUCAACACGAAGGGCAGGUAAGUGACAACGAUGGCUUAAACAUCAAGGAUCGUGGACUAGGCGAAAUGUCCCCAGAGAUAAGGAACACUGUAGAUGCAGGUGAUCGUGCUGGAAUACAUCCCAGGCGAGCCAGUUGGGGAAGGAAAAGUGGAAGCUGGGAAAUGUCACCUGAAGUUCUUUCUUUGGCAUCUAGAAUGGGAGAAUCGAACCCAACUGGAGGAAGCAGCAGCACUCUCCGACCAACAUAG